GUGUUGAAUUUCGAGAAGGCCAAUGAGAACUCCGAGAAGGGCGGCGGAGCCUAUAAAAGGCCGCGGCGCGGGGUGGGAGGGCACUGCCGGCGGGGGAGCGGUUGCGCAAGAUGGCGGCGGGUGACAACAACAGCGUCUACCAGCUGGCUUCAGAAACUGCUAGCUUGGAAGAGCAGUUGCAAGGAUGGGGAGAGGUGAUUUUGAUCACCGACAAAGUCCUUCGCUGGGAGAGAGCCUGGUUUCCUCUGGCGCUGAUGAGCGCCGUCUCCUUUUCUUUUCUGAUGAUCUACUACUUGGACCCGUCGGUUCUGUCAGGCGUCUCCUGCUUCGUUAUGUUCCUCUGUUUGGCCGAUUAUCUUGUUCCUGCUCUUGCACCCAGAAUCUUUGGCUCUAAUAAAUGGACUACGGAACAGCAGCAAAGAUUUCAUGAGAUUUGCAGCAAUUUGGUAAAAUCUCGCCGCAGAAUUGUUGGCUGGUGGAAACGCCUCUUCACGCUGAAGGAAGAGAAGCCUAAAAUGUACUUCUUGACCAUGGUUUUUUCUCUUGCUGUGGUUGCCUGGAUUGGACAGCAAGUUCACAAUCUCUUCCUGACCUAUCUGAUCGUGAGUUUCUUGCUGCUGUUUCCUGGACUAAACCAGCAUGGAAUCAUUACCAAGUAUGUUGGAAUGGCAAAAAGGGAGAUAAACAAACUUCUCAAGCACAAGGAAAAGAAAAAUGAAUGAAGAGUGAACUGAUGUUCACUCUUGUAAAAGGUUUCCUUGGGAACAGUUUUGAGAAUUAAUGUAUAAUUAAGGUAAUAGAAGUUGUGUUGCUCACUGGCUUUUUUUAAUUGGCUCCCUGAUGCAGUGAAAAUGUCACUCUAGCGACUGCUGUGGGUUUGUGUGUCUCUUGCUGUGCUGCCCGGGGUUCUGCAGCUGAGCUUGUAGGAAAGAUCCUGACCUGUCAUGUGCGGAGCUUAUUCAGUGUCCUCGGCAAACUGAGGGGCCCCAUUAAUAAAUCCCCCAACGCAAGAAACAGUGGAAUUGUGAUGCUUGAGAGCAUUUCUGUAGCUGUGUUGGUGUCACUGAUCAUUAAUUUGUGGCUACAGCAAGUGUGGAAGGCGGUUGUGAAAGCUGCUGAUUGCUCUGGAAAGGGGACGGGGGCUGGAGAAGUGAUCACAGCCAGGGCUGCACACCCAGAAUCGCUGCAGAAGGUGAUUUCAUUGUCUCACUGAAUCCGUUUGCUUUUUUUUUAUGGCUGCAUAUACCAGAUUAUCUGUUGAAUAGGGGUCUGGAAUAUAUAAAUUUGUAGCUCAGUUAUUUAGCUGUAGUGUAAAUUUCAACUCAUUGCACUGAGACUGUAGGAAAUGAGUUAAGGUGUUAACAGCCGAUUGUUGUAAUAACUGCUGUUGUCAUGGAGCCAUGUAGCACGUUUGGUUUUACGAGUGUUGUUGACUGUGUACAAAAUCACCUGGAGUGUGCUAGGUUUGUCUCUGUAAAUAAGCCUGUCUGAAUUGUUUGUGCUUUUCUAUGGAAUCUCCCUCCUUUUUUAAAAACUGAUCUUUUUUUCUUUGAAAAAGCUAAAACCUGUGUUAAUGCAUUUUAAAAGUUUACUGUUUUAAAAUGAACUCUUCGGUGUCUAUUGUAACUGUUGAGUAGGUAAAUACAGACUAAGAAGAAA